GCAGCUGUGAGCUUUUGCCCAGCGUUUCUCAGGAGGGAAGAGUUGGGGAGGCUCUGGCAGCUCGGGAAACGUUUUAUCUUUAAAAUCACCGGUUUGCAGGAAUUCAUUAAAAAGUGGAAUAGCAGAUUGGGACACGAGUGGAUGGAAAGCGAGCACCUUCUUUACUGUAGGGUUGCUGAAAUUCUACUGUAACUUUCUACAGUAAAGAGUGACUGAAUCUGUUUGAAGAUGGCAUCGGAAGAAGAGUAUGAUGAUGAUGUUGUGGAGGAGUACUACUAUGAGGAGGGUCCAACAAUCACCACCACGACCACCUCAGUGUCUCAUGGUGUUGAGCCUGGACCUGGUGGUCUUCCCAGACGCUCAGUCAGGAAGAAGGUGAAGGUGGACACCUCCAAGUUCAUGACUCCUUACCUGGCACACAGCCAGAAGAUGCUGGACCAGUACAGCCAUAAUAAAUACAGGGAGGAAUAUGAAAAAUCAAAGGGGCAGCCCUACCUCAUUUCGGCUGACACACCUGAGAUGAUUCGCAUCAAAAAGGCCCAGGAGCAGCUUAGUGAGGUGAAAUACCGUAUGGAGGGACUGAAGGCCAAAACCACCAGUCUCUAUGAUGGUGAGGCUCGUGAAGUUGCCCAUGUCAAGCACGUCUCGGACCUCGUCAGCAAAGUUCUGUACAGGCAGAAAUGGGAUGAGACUAAGGAUAAGUACUUGCUCCCUCCUGAUGCCCCUGAGCUAGUUCUUGCUGUGAAGAAUGCAGCAAAUUACAGCAAGAAACUGUACACAGAGGUGUGGGAUGAAGAGAAGACCAUGUACUAUCCAUACAGCGACAGCCCAGAGCUGCGCAGGGUCGCCAAAGCCCAAAAAGACCUCAGUGAUAUUGUCUACAAGAAGGGUCACGAUGAGCGCAAGGCAAAGUACACUUCACUGGCUGAUCCUCCAGAGGUGGAGCUGGCCAAGAAAAACUUUGCCAAUCGUAGUAAUCUUAAAUAUCAUGAGGAUUACAAUAAGAACGUGAAGGGCAAAUGGUGUGAAACUCCUUACUUUGAUGUCGCUGUUGCUCGAAUGGUUAUGGACAACAUCAGUGAUAAAAAAUAUACGGCUGAAUUUGAAGAUAUAAAAGACCAAAUUUAUUUCAUGCAAACAGACACACCAACAUACGCUUCCAACAAAAAGGCUCGUGAAGCUGCAAGUUCGGUCCAGUAUAAGAAGAGCUACGAGAAGACAAAAGCAGUGUGCGAUUACAACGUUCUCCCUGCUACAGAGAACCCCCUUCUCAGACAGCUGAGAUACGCAGGCACCAUCUUGAGUGAUAAAGUAUAUAAAGCCAAUUAUGAGAAAUCAAGGGGAUUCAGCAUCAACUACUGCGACACUCCCAAGUUCAAGAUGGAUAGUGUUUUGAAGAAGUUCAGUGACUCACGUUACAAAAAAAAGUAUGAAAAUGAGGUGAAGGGUCAUUAUAUCGGUAGCUAUGAAGACGUCUUCACCGUUCACUGCCACAAGAUGGAAGAAAUGAAGAAUGAACAAAACUACAAAGCUGAUUAUGAGGACAUAAAGGCGAGAUGCUACUUCCCUCAGACUGUUACACCUGAAUAUGAAGCCAAUAAGAAACUUCAGAAAUGUCAAGAUAAAGUUUAUCGUCAACAUCCAGACAAAGUGAAGUUCACCCAGGUGACAGACUCGCCUGUUCAAGUGCAAGCUGCCAUCAACGCCAAACAGCUAAGCGAUCUGAACUACAAGGAAAAGUAUGAGAAGGAGAAGUUCAAGUGUUACCUCCCUCCUGAUUACCCUUUCUUCAUUCAAUCGAGAGUUAAUGCGUAUAACCUUAGUGAUACAUGCUACAAGUAUGACUGGGAAAAAACAAAAGCCAAGAAGUUUGAGGUGAAAGGAGAUGCAAUUUCGAUCCGUGCAGCCCGCGCUCACACUAACAUCGCUAGUGAUGUGAAAUACAAGAAGGAAUAUGAGAAGAACAGAGGACAGAUGGUCGGGGCCCUCAGUAUCAAAGAUGACCCCAAAAUCAUGCACUCAGUUCAUGUUGCUAAGAUCCAAAGUGAGCGCGAGUACAAGAAAGACUAUGAGAAGAUGAAGACCAAGUACCAUGCUCCACUGGACAUGAUGCUAGUGACUCUUGCUAAGAAAUCUCAGGCCAUCGCCAGCAUGACUGGCUAUAAGAAAAUUAUAAAUCGUUACCUCCUGCCUUACGACAGCGUAGCUCUGGAUCAAGCGAAGAAGUCCAAUAUGAUCCAGAGUGAUAAUGAAUACAAGUUAGACUACAAUAACUAUGUCAAAGGAUCACCUUGGGUGCCUUACGGCUCUUUGGAUGUUGAGAAAUGCAAGAAAGCUGGACAGAUCCUAAGUGAGAAAAAGUACAGGCAGCACCCAGGACACCGUACCUUUACUGCUAUAGAUGACCAUCCUCUCCAGCUGCAGGCUAAACACAACCAGAUCAUAAGAAGUGAUCUGCAUUAUAAGAAAGGUCUUGAUGCAGUCCUUCAGAAAUACUCCAUGCCUCCUGAUGCUCCACAUCUUCUUCAGGCCAGAUGUAAUGCCUACAACAUAAGUGACAAAUACUAUAAGCUGGAAUGGCUGAAGACUAUUGCAAAGGGGUACGACCUGAAGCCCGAUGCCAUCGCUGUAAAAGCUGCAAAGGCAGCCAGACAUGCCGUUAGUGAUGUUCAGUAUAAGAAACAAUAUAUGAAGGACAGAGGCCACCAUGUUGGCUUCCGUAGCAUCCAGGACGAUCCCUUGCUGGUGAACUAUAUGCAGGUGGCAAAGAUACAGAGUGAUAAGCUAUACAAGAAGGACUACCACAAGGCUAAGCUGAAAUACCACACCCCUGUGGACAUGCUGAGUGUUAUUCAUGCCAAAAAUGCAUCUAAGGUCCAGACAUUUACAGGAUACAAGCAGCAAAUCCAUCAUUACAGCCUGCUGCCUGACGCCAUGAACCUGGCAUUAGCUCGCUCCAUGAACAUCAGCUCCAGUGAUGUCCAGUAUAAACAGGAUUAUGAGAAUUACGUGAAGGGCACAGGCUGGAUCCCCAUUGGUUCUCUGGAUGUGGAAAGAGCGAAGGUCGCUGCUGCAGCUCUUAAUGAGAAGAAAUACAGACAGCACCCAGACACUAUCAAGUUCACCAGUGUUUUCGACACCCCGGUCAUGGAACAAGCUAAACUGAAUGCACAGCAGCUGAGUGAUAGACUGUACAAAGCCAGUGGCGAGAAGUUCAUGCACACUUACCAUCUCCCUGCUGAUGCACCAGAGCUCCUGCAAGCCAAGUAUAAUGCUGUCAAUGUCAGCAAGACAUAUUAUACCUACGCACACAAGCAGAAUCUUCUGAAAGGACAUCAAAUGAAGCAUGAUGCCAUUCCUAUCCUAGCUGCUAAAUCCUCUAGGGAUAUUGCCAGUGAUUACAAGUAUAAGCUUGCAUAUCAGAAGGCCAGAGGCCACCACGUUGGAUUCCGUAGCAUCCAGGACGAUCCCUUACUGGUGCACUACAUGCAUGUGGCAAAGAUGCAGAGUGAGAGGAACUACACAAAAGACUACCAGAAGGCCAAGCUGAAAUACCACACCCCUGUAGACAUGCUAAGUGUUGUACAGGCUAAAAAUGCCUCAAAGGUCCAGACAAAUACUGGAUACAAGCAGCACCACCACAACUAUGUCCUCCUUCCAGAUGCCAUGCACAUUCAGCUGUCUCGCAACAUGAUGGAGAUCCAGAGUGAUAAUUUGUACAAAUCAGAUUUCAACAACAUCUUCAAAGGAGCUGGCUGGGUUCCCAUUGGGUCUAUCGAUGUUGAGAAGGCCAAGACUGCUGCAAAAGCCCUGGAUGAGAAGUCAUACAGAGUUCACCCUAGUACACUGAAAUUUACCAGUCUAACAGACCAGAUGAAUAUGGUUUUGGCCAUGAGCAACACAAAACUGCAAAAUAAAACUGCUUAUAAAGCCUCAGGAGAAAAAUUUAUGCACACUUAUAAUCUGCCACCUGAUGCCCCAGAGUUCCUGCAGGCCAAAUAUAAUGCCCAGACUAUGAGUGAGUCACACUACAAGGCUCAGUGGAUUGCGGACAUUGCCAAGGGUUAUGACAUGAAAGCUGAUGCUAUUCCCAUUCUUGCUGCUAAACAAGGAAGACACAUUGCCAGCAAUUAUCAAUACAAAAAAGCAUAUGAGAAAGCCAGAGGCCACCACGUCGGCUUCCGUAGCAUCCAGGACGAUCCCUUGCUGGUGCACUACAUGCAAGUGGCAAAGAUGCAGAGCGAGAGGAACUACAAGAAAGAUUACCACAAGGCCAAGCUGAAAUACCACACCCCUGUGGACAUGCUGAGUGUUGUACAGGCCAAAAUCGCCUCAAAGGUCCAGACAAAUACAGGAUACAAACAGCAGUUCCAUCAUUACAGCCUGCUGCCUGAUGCCAUGAGCCUGGCGUUAGCUCGCUCUAUGAACAUCAGCUCCAGCGAUUUUGAAUACAAGAGUGAGUACAACAGCACCAUGAAGGGUAUGGGAUGGGUGCCCAUUGGCUCCCUGGCUGUAGAGACUGCAAAGAUUGGAGGAAAGAUCCAGAGUGAACACAACUACCGCACUCACCCCUCCAACUUCAAGUUCCACAAACUCAUGGAUUCUAUGGACCUCGCAUUGGCUACUGCCAACAAUAAGAUCAUGGACAAGAAAUCCUAUCAUGCUGCAUGGGAAAAAGACAAGCUCAAGAUUCAUGUGAUGCCUGACAAUCCUGAAAUUAUCCUGGCCAAGGCCAACGCAUUAAACAUGAGCCAGAAACUCUACAAAGCUGGUCUCGAGGAAAUGAAUAAAAAGGGCUAUGAUCUCAAACCAGAUGCUAUUUCAAUUUUGGCUGCCAAAGCUGGCAGAAAUAUUGCUAGUAAUUAUAAGUAUAAGUUGGCAUAUGAGAAAGCCAAAGGCCACCACGUUGGCUUCCGUAGCAUCCAGGACGAUCCCUUGCUGGUGCACUACAUGCAAGUGGCAAAGAUGCAGAGCGAGAGGAACUACAAGAAAGAUUACCACAAGUCCAAGCUGAAAUACCACACCCCUGUGGACAUGCUGAGUGUUGUACAGGCCAAAAUCGCCUCAAAGGUCCAGACAAAUACAGGAUACAAACAGCAGUUCCAUCAUUACAACUUGCUGCCUGAUGCCAUGAACCUGGUGUUAGCUCGCUCCAUGAACAUCAGCUCCAGUGAUGUUGAGUACAAGAGUGAGUACAACAGCACCAUGAAGGGUAUGGGAUGGGUGCCCAUUGGCUCACUGGCUGUAGAGACUGCAAAGAUCGGAGGAAAGAUCCAGAGUGACAACAGCUACCGCACUCACCCCUCCAACUUCAAGUUCCACAAACUCAUGGACUCCAUGGACCUCGCAUUGGCUACUGCCAACAAUAAGAUCAUGGACAAGCAAGCAUACACAGAUGCUUGGAACAAGGACAAAGUAAAGGUCCAUAUCAUGCCCGAUAACCCUGAAAUCCUUCUUGCAAAGGCUAAUGCAUACAACAUGAGUGAGAAAGCCUACAAAGCAGGAAUGGAAGCUCUGAAGAAGAAAGGUUAUGACCUCAAGGCAGAUGCUGUAUCGGUUAUUGCAGCUAGGGCCUCCACAAACAUUGCCAGUGAUUACAAGUACAAAAAGGCGUAUGUUAAAGCAAGAGGACACCAUAUUGGCUUCCGUAGCAUCCAGGAUGACCCCUUGCUGGUGCACUACAUGCAUGUGGCAAAGAUACAGAGUGAUAGGAACUACACAAAGGACUACCACAAGUCCAAGCUGAAAUACCACUCUCCUGUGGACAUGCUGAGCGUUGUCCAUGCUAAGCAGGCUACAGCUGCUCAGACUUUUGCUGGAUAUAGGAAUAUCAUCAAUCGUUCUAAAGUUCUGCCUGAUGCCAUGAACCUGCAGCUAGCCCGCAACAUGCAAGCAAUCGCAAGUGAUAAUCUCUACAAAUCUGAAUACAACAAUUACAUCAAAGGAAUUGGAUGGAUUCCCAUUGGAUCUCUGGAUGUGGAGAAAGCAAAGAUUGCUAGCCGGAUAGGUAGUGAAAAACAGUACCGCACACACCCCAGUAACUUCAAGUUCACUAAAGACAUGGGAUCUAUGGACCUGGUCCUUGCUGCAGCCAACAAUGAUAUCAAUAACAAGCAAAAGUACAUUUCUGGAUGGGAAAAGGACAAAACCACAAUCCACAUUAUGCCAGAUGCAAUGGACGUGGCUCUUGCUCGUCAAAAUAAAGUUAUUUACAGUGAGAAACUAUACAAACUUGCCAAUGAACAAGCAAAGAAGAAGGGUUACGAUCUACGUGCUGACGCCAUCUCAAUUCAAGCUGCUAAAGCAUCAUGUGCCAUUGCCAGUAAUUACAAGUACAAAGCUGGAUAUCGUAAGCAAGUUGGUCACCACAUUGGAGCUCGCAGUAUUCAGGAUGAUCCUCUGCUCAUGCUGGCUUUGAACUCCGCUAAGAUUGCUAGUGAUGCUCUCUACAAGAAAGACUUCAACAAGUCCAAGACCAAGUUCCAUCUCCCAGUUGACAUGCUGGCAUUUGAGUUGGCCAAGAAAAACCAGAUCCAGGUCAAUGAUGCCCACUACAGAACCUACCUGCACAACUGGACUUGCCUGCCUGACUCCAAUGAUGUUGUCCAAGCUAGACAAGUCUACGACAUCCAGAGUAAUGCGGUGUACAAGGCUGAUCUGAAAUGGCUUCAAGGCCUCGGAUGGGUUCCCAUUGGUUCUGUUGAUGUUGAGAAAGUGAAAAAGGCUGGAGAAAUCCUAAGUGAAGCAAAGUAUCGCCAACACCCAAGCAAAUUUAAGUUCAAAUGCACAACUGAAGACAUGCCACUGGUCUUGGCCAAAGCCAAUAAUGAUAUCAUGAACAAGUCAAAAUAUGUUGAAGCUUGGAACAGCGAUAAAACAAAGGUUCAUAUCAUGCCUGAUGCAAUGGAUGUGAUUCUUGCAAAGCAAAACAAAGUCAACUAUAGUGAGAAACAAUAUAAACUUGCCUAUGAACUGGCCAAGAAGAAGGGCUAUGAUAUGCGCAAUGAUGCCAUUUCAGUCCUUGCUGCCAGAGCCUCCAGGGACAUUGCUAGUGAUUACAAGUACAAGACCGGUUAUCGUAAGCAAGUUGGUCACCACAUUGGAGCUCGCAGCAUCCAGGAUGAUCCUUUGCUCAUGCUGGCCUUGAACUCAGCCAAGAUUGCUAGUGACGCUCUCUACAAGAAAGACUUCAACAAGUCCAAGACCAAGUUCCACCUCCCAGUGGACCUUCUGUCUCUUGAGCUGGCCAAGAAGUGUCAGAUUCAAGUCAAUGAUGCCAAUUACAGGACCUACCUGCACAACUGGACCUGCUUGCCCGACUCCAAUGACGUUGUCCAGGCCAGACAUGUCUACGACCUCCAGAGUGAUGCGGUGUACAAGGCUGAUCUAAAAUGGCUUCAAGGUCUUGGAUGGGUUCCUAUUGGUUCGAUUGAUGUUGAGAAAGUGAAAAAGGCUGGAGAAAUACUAAGUGAAGCGAAGUACCGUCAGCACCCAAGCAACUUCAAGUUCACUUUGACAACUCAAGACAUGCCAAUGGUCUUAGCUAAAGCCAACAAUGAGGUUAUGAACAAGCAACAAUAUGCUAAUGCCUGGAACAAAGACAAGACAAAGAUCCAUGUUAUGCCAGAUGCGAUGGACAUUGUACUAGCAAAACAAAACAGGGUCAACUACAGUUUGAAAUCAUACAAGCUUGCAAAUGAGGAAGCUAAAAAGAAGGGCUAUGACAUGCGAAAUGAUGCCAUCUCCAUCAAAGCUGCCAAAGCCUCCAGGGACAUCGCCAGUGAUUACAAGUACAAGACUGGUUAUCGUAAGCAAGUUGGUCACCACAUUGGAGCUCGUAGCAUCCAGGAUGAUCCUCUGCUCGUGCUGGCCUUGAACUCCGCUAAGAUUGCUAGCGAUGCACUCUACAAGAAAGACUUCAACAAGUCCAAGACCAAGUUCCACCUACCAGUAGACAUGUUGGCAUUUGAGUUGGCUAAGAAAUGCCAGGUCCAGGUCAACGAUGCCCACUACAGAACCUACCUGCACAACUGGACCUGCCUACCUGACUCCAAUGAUGUGGUUCAGGCCAGAAAAGUCUAUGAACUCCAGAGUGAUGCGGUGUACAAGGCUGAUCUGAAAUGGCUUCAAGGUUUGGGAUGGGUACCCAUUGGUUCAAUUGAUGUUGAGAAAGUGAAAAAGGCAGGAGAAGCACAGAGUGAAAGGAAGUAUCGUCAGCACCCGAGCAACUUCAAGUUUACUUGCACAACUGCUGACAUGCCAAUGGUCUUGGCAAAAGCCAAUGCAAGCAUCAUGAACAAGAAAAGCUAUGUGGAAGCUUGGGAAAAGGAUAAGACAAAGAUCCAUGUCAUGCCAGAUACAAUGGAGAUAUUGCUUGCUAAACAGAACAAAACUAACUACAGUGUGAAACAAUAUAAGCUUGCCAAUGAAGAGUCCAAAAAGAAAGGCUAUGAUAUGCGUGGGGAUGCUAUUUCUAUAAAAGCAGCUAAAGCCUCUCGGGAUAUCGUCAGUGACUACAAGUACAAAACUGGCUAUCGUAAGCAAGUUGGUCAUCACAUUGGAGCUCGCAGUAUCCAGGACGAUCCUCUGCUCAUGCUGGCCUUAAACUCAGCUAAGAUUGCCAGCGAUGCUCUCUACAAGAAAGACUUCAACAAGUCCAAGACCAAGUUUAAUCUCCCAGCGGACCUGCUGUCUCUUGAGCUGGCAAAGAAGUGUCAGAUCCAGGUCAAUGAUGCCAACUACAGGACCUACCUGCACAACUGGACCUGCCUGCCAGACUCCAAUGAUGUUGUCCAGGCCAGACAUGUCUACGACCUCCAGAGUGAUGCAGUGUACAAGGCUGACCUGAAAUGGCUUCAAGGAAUCGGAUGGGUUCCCAUUGGUUCAGUUGAUGUUGAGAAAGCGAAAAAGGCUGGAGAAGCACUGAGUGAAAGAAAGUACCGUCAGCACCCGAGCAACUUCAAGUUUACCCUUACGUCUGAAGACAUGCCAUUGGUUUUAGCAAAAAAUAAUGCUACUACUAUUAAUAAGAAACUUUACACUGAAGCCUGGGAGAAGGACAAAACCAAAAUCCACGUUAUGCCUGACUGUAUGGAUGUUCUACUAGCAAAACAGAACAACGCAAAUUACAGUCUGAAAAGGUAUAAACUUGCCAAUGAAGAAUCUAAGAAGAAGGGCUACGAUUUGCGUGGUGAUGCCAUUGCUAUCAAAGCAGCUAAGGCGUCCCGAGAUAUCAUUAGUGACUACAAGUACAAGACUGGUUAUCGUAAGCAAGUUGGUCACCACAUUGGAGCCCUCAGUGUCAGGGAUGAUCCUCUGAUCAUGCUGGCCUUGAACUCAGCUAAGAUUGCCAGCGAUGCUCUCUACAAGAAAGACUUCAACAAGUCCAAGACCAAGUUCCACCUCCCAGUGGACCUGCUGUCUCUUGAACUGGCCAAGAAAUGUCAGAUCCAGGUCAAUGAUUUCAACUACAGGACCUACCUGCACAACUGGACCUGCUUGCCCGACUCCAAUGACGUCGUCCAGGCCAGAAAAGUCUAUGAUCUGCGUAGUGAUGCUGUGUACAAAGCAGACAUGGAGUUUAUGACCGGUGUAGGAUGGGUCCCCAUUGGUUCACUUGAUGUCCUGAAAGCAAAGAAAGCAGCUGAGAUUCUUAGCGAUCGUCUCUACAAACAGAAACCAUCGACAUUUAAAUUUAAACAAGAUAUGCAGUCCAUGCCUAUGGUCCUUGCAAAGGCAAAUGCUGAAAUUAUGAAUCAGCGUCAGUACCAUUCAGCAUGGGAGGCUGACAAGAUCAAGAUUCAUAUCCCUCCUGAUACCCCAGAAAUUGUGCUCUCAAGUGCUAAUGCAAUUACCAAUAGUAGGAAACUAUACAGACAAGGAGUUGAAGAAAUUUUCAGGAAAGGCUAUGACAUAAAAACUGAUGCUGUCGCCAUCAGAGCUGCUAAAGCAUCCAGAGACAUUAUUAGUGAUUACAAGUACAAGACCGGUUAUCGUAAGCAAGUUGGUCAUCAUAUUGGAGCCCUCAGUGUCAGGGAUGAUCCUCUGAUCGUGCUAGCCCUGAACUCAGCUAAGAUUGCUAGCGAUGCUCUCUACAAGAAAGACUUCAACAAGUCCAAGACCAAGUUCCACCUCCCAGUGGACCUGCUGUCUCUUGAACUGGCCAAGAAAUGUCAGAUCCAGGUUAAUGAUUUCAACUAUAGAACCUACCUGCACAACUGGACCUGCCUGCCAGACUCCAAUGAUGUUGUCCAAGCCAGAAAAGUCUAUGAUCUCCAGAGUGAUGCUGUGUACAAGGCUGAUAUGGAAUGGAUCAGAGGUACUGGAUGGGUACCAAUAGGCUCAGUGGAUGUAGAAAAGGCUAAAAAGGCUGGUGAGAUUCUGAGUGAAAGAAAGUACAGACAGCAUCCAAGCAACUUUAAGUUUACAUGCAAGACAGAUGGCAUUCCUUAUGCUCUUGCCCAAGCCAAUGCCAAGACUAUGGACAAGAAUGCAUAUGUUGAUGCCUGGAACAAGGAAAAAAUCAAUAUUCAUGUCAUGCCAGACACCCCAGAGAUCAUCCUUGGAAAACAGAAUAAACUCAAUACAAGCAUUAAAUAUUACCGUCAAGGCUACGAGGAAAGUCUUAAGAAGGGCUACUUCCUGCCCAAAGAUGCAGUCUCUGUGAAAUCUGCCAAGGCCUCCAGAGACAUCAUUAGUGAUUACAAGUACAAAGCUGGAUACAGGAAGCAGCAAGGACACCACAUUGGAGCCCUCAGCAUCAAGGAUGAUCCCUUGAUCAUGCUGGCUUUGAACUCAGGCAAAAUUGCAAGUGAUCUUCUGUACAAGAAAGAUUUCAACAAAUCCAAGACCAAGUUUAACCUCCCAGCGGACCUGCUGUCUCUUGAGUUGGCCAAGAAAUGUCAGAUCCAGGUCAAUGAUGCCAACUACAGGACCUACCUACACAACUGGACCUGCCUGCCCGAUUCCAAUGACGUCGUCCAGGCCAGAAAAGUCUAUGAUCUGCGUAGUGAUGCUGUUUACAAAGCUGACCUUGAGUGGAUCCGUGGAUGUGGCUGGAUGCCACAUGGAUCUAUUGAUGUUGUGAAAGCCAAGAAUGCUCAAAACAUCCUCAAUGAGAAACUAUACCGCCAGCCUCCAAGCACCGUCAAGUUCACCAGUGCUGUGGACCUCCCUGUCAUCGUCCUAGCAAAGCAAAAUGCUGAUAUCCUCAGUGAUAGGAAAUACAGAGAAGCAUGGGACAAAGAUAAGACAUCUGUGCACAUCAUGCCAAAUACACCUGCCAUUGAGUUAUCCAGAGCCAAUGCCAUUGCUGUCAGCAAUAAAAUGUAUACCAAAAACUGGGAUUCUACGAAGGCAAAGGCCUACCACAUCAAAGAGGAUGCCAUCUCUGUGAUCAAGGCUAAAGCCUCCAGAGAUAUUGCCAGUGAUUAUAAGUACAAGACUGGUUAUCGUAAGCAAGUUGGUCACCACAUUGGAGCCCUCAGUGUCAGGGAUGAUCCUCUGAUCAUGCUGGCCCUGAACUCAGCUAAGAUUGCCAGCGAUGCUCUCUACAAGAAAGACUUCAACAAGUCCAAGACCAAGUUCAACCUCCCAGUGGACCUGCUGUCUCUUGAACUGGCUAAGAAAUGUCAGAUCCAGGUCAAUGAUUUCAACUAUAGGACCUACCUGCACAACUGGACCUGCUUGCCCGACUCCAAUGACGUUGUCCAGGCCAGAAAAGUCUAUGAUCUGCGUAGCGAUGCUGUGUACAAGGCUGACCUGGAGUGGCUCAGAGGAUGCGGAUGGAUUCCCCAUGAGUCUGUUGAAGUUAUCAAAGUGAGGAAUGCACAAAAGGUUUUGGCUGAGAGAGGCUACCGUGUUAAGCUGGAUGAGCAGAAAUAUACAACACCUAUUGAAAGAAUUGACUUUGUGCGCUCCAAAAAUGCAGCUGAUGUACUCAAUGAGGCUAAGUACCGUGAGGCCUGGCACAAUGACAAGACUAAAUACACCCUGACAGAUUCCCCUGUAAUGGCUACAGCAAGGGAAGUGGCCAAAAUGUAUCACCCGCAUUUUUACACCAAAAACUGGAACAAAUCCAAAGCCACAUCAUACUUCAUGCCUGGAGAUGCAGUCCCGAUUAAACAAUGCAUCCAUACCAGUAAUGUACAGAGUAAUUACAAGUACAAGACUGGUUAUCGUAAGCAAGUUGGUCAUCACAUUGGAGCCCUCAGCGUCCAGGAUGAUCCUUUGCUCAUGCUGGCCUUGAAUUCAGCUAAGAUUGCUAGCGAUGCUCUCUACAAGAAAGACUUCAACAAGUCCAAGACCAAGUUCAACCUCCCAGUAGACAUGCUGGCCUUUGAACAUGCAAAGAAGUGUCAGAUCCAAGUCAAUGAUGAUAAAUACAGAACUCGACUACACCAGUGGACAUGCUUGCCUGAUCAGAAUGAUGUCAUUCAGGCCCGUAAAGUGUAUGACUUGUGCAGUGAUAACGUCUACAAAGCAGAUAUGGAAUGGUUGCGUGGUUGUGGAUGGAUUGCUGCUGAUUCUGUGGAGCAUGUUAAAGUCCGAAAAGCCCAACAGAUUAUCAAUGAUAGACAUUACAAAAAAGAUGCAAAGGAAAACUUUAGCAAAUAUACUCAUAUUGUGGACCGCCCAGAGGUUGUCCUCGCAAAGGUUAACGCCUUCAACCUCAGCGAUCUGAAGUACAAAGAAUCGUUUAACCUGGAAAAGGGCCACUACAUUGGAUCUGAAGAUACCCCACAGCUGGCUCAUUCUAGAGAGUUCGCAAAGAUGAUCAGUGAGAAAUUGUACAAAGUAAACUGGGAUGAGAGCAAAGCCACUGGUUAUCAGCUAAACCAUGAAUAUAUGCCUGUGCAAAUAGCCAAGAGGAACAGAGACAUAGUCAGUGAUCAUAAGUACCAUGAUGCCCAUGAGAAAGCCAAAGGCCACUACUUGGCUUCAACUCUGGUUGACUUCCCUCUGUUGGUUCACUCUAACCAUGUUGAGAAGCUGAAAAAUCUGAGAGACUACCGCAAAGCCUACAAUGAAACCAAAACUAAGCUCCACAUUCCUGCUGAUAUGAUCAGCCACGUGGUUGCCAAGAAGUGCCAGGAAAUCCUGAGUGAUGUGCUUUACCGUACACACCUGCACCAGUGGACAUGCCACCCUGAACAGAAUGAUGCCAUUCGAGCACGCAAGGCCAAUGAGAUCUUGAGUGAUAUAUUUUACAAAGAGGACCUGAACUGGAUGAAGGGCGUUGGUUGUUAUGCCUGGGAUACCCCUGAGAUUGUACGUGCCAAGAAGUCAUAUGAGCUACAGAGUGAUAUUAAAUAUAAAGCAGAAGGCAAGAAGGAAUGGAACAACUACUCCAUUGUGACAGACACUCCUGUGUAUGUGACUGCCAUCCUGGGCCACACAUGGGCCAGCGAGUUGAACUACAGAGAGGCGUAUCACAAGGAGAAGCACAUCUACACCACAGUCCUGGACACAUAUGACUAUGCAAGAUGCUUCAACCUGAAGGAGGUCUACAGCACUAAAGCAUACUCUGCUGCCUGGAACAAGAUCAAGGCCAAGAGCUACUCAAUCCCUCAUGAUUCCCAUGCCUUAGCCCAUGCCAAACAACAGAAGGUCAUCCUGAGCAACGUUAAAUACAAGGAAGAUUAUGAGAAGUUCAAGACCCUGUAUAGCCUGCCUAAGUGUCUUGAGGACGAUCCCCAAACUGCAAGAUGUGUCAAGUCUGGAAAGCUUGUCUUGGAUCGCCUGUACAAAGAAAACUAUGAGAAGACCAAGGCAAAAAUCCAUGUACCUCCCGACAUGCUUGACAUCGUAUCUGCACGCAAUACUCAGAAGACUGUCAGUGGUGUUGACUACCGUAAAUACCUGCACCAAUGGAUCUGCCUGCCUGACAUGCAGGUGUACGUACAUGCCCGCAAAGUCAAUGAGCAACUGAGCGACAUUUUCUACAAAGAUGACCUUAACUGGUUGAAGGGAGCUGGCUGCUAUGCUUGGGACACUCCUGAGAUUCUUCGUGUCAAGCAAGCUAUGAAACUGCAGAGUGACAACUUGUACAGAGCUAAGGGAAUUGAUCACUUUAAGCAGUACACUGUUGUGAUGGACACGCCAGUCUAUGAAACAUGCAAACUGAGUGCUAAGAACUUGAGUGAGCUCAACUACCGUCAUGACUAUGCCACAAACGUUUUGGGUAAAAACACCGCUCCUGCUGUGACCAUCGAAACUGAAAGGGCCCGUCAAGCCAACUACAUCCAAAGCGACAACUUCUACAAAGAGGCCAAUAAGUCAUUUAUGCCCACUGGAUACACUCUGCCUUACGACACUCCAGUCAACAAACAAGCCAAGGCCAACAGCAUCGUCACCAGCAAUAUGAAGUACAGAGAAGCCUAUGAUCUGAUGAAAGCGAGGAGCUACAAACUCGAUCCAGAAGGUGUCAACUUUGUCACCAUCAGGAAGGCAAAUAAAGUCACCAAUGAACGACUUUAUCGUGAGAAAUAUGAGAAAGAAAAGGAUAAGAUCCACUCUGAGUAUGACACACCUGAAAUCAGACAGGUUAAGGCCACUCAACAUGCAAUCAGUGAUCUGUGCUAUAAGGAGAAGUACUUCAACACCAGAGGAACUCUUCUGCCCAUGCCCAUCACCCCACAGCUGAUGCACUGCUUCCACGUCAAUGAGAUCAACAGUGAUUUGAAAUAUAAAGAGGAUCUGCAUUGGCUGAGGGGCAUUGGCUGCUUCAUGGUUGACUCUCCCGAGAUGGUCCGCAUCCGUGAGAUCACCAAGUUCAAAAAAUCAUAUGAGACUGAUGCCAAGAAGAACUUUUCCAACUACAGCGUAGUCCUAGACACACCAGAGUACAAGCGAGUGACUGAACUCAAGACCCACAUGAGUAAUGUGGUGUACAGAGCUGAGGGCAACAAGGAAAAAACUAAAUGCACCACCACCGUGGAUGGUCUGGAAAUCAAGAGAGCCAAGUGGGCACAGAGUCUGACCAACAAGUACAAGUAUGUUGAUCUGGCAUCCAAGGAGAGGGCCUUCUUCACCCCAGAAUCGCACACUCCCAUCUUAGAUCAUGCCCGAUCCAUGAAAGUGGUCUAUAGUGAGAAAAAGUACAAGGAACAGUAUGAGAAGAUGAAGUACAAGUAUACUCCCAUCCAUGACACACCAAUCCUGAUUCGUUCCAAGAAAGCCUACCUCAAUGCCAGCGAUUUGCGCUACAAGGAAACAUUCGAGCUGGCUAAGGGACACUACCAUGCUGAUAAGGAUGCUCUUGAUAUUCUCUGUGCCAAGAGAGUCAGAGAUGACAUCAGUGAGGUCAAAUACAGAGAGAAGUACAUCAGCACACUGGGCACCUGGAAGUCCAUUCCUGACCGCCCUGAGUUCUUCCACAGCAGGAUUGUGAGGGACUGCAUCAGUGACAUCAAGUACAAAGAGGACCUGGACUGGAUCAAGGGUAUUGGUUGCUAUGUGUGGGACACACCUGAGUUGGUCCGGGCUGAACAGAACAAGAACCUCUACAGCGAAAGACUCUACAAAGCAUCAUUUGAGAAAAACAGAGCCAACUUCAAGUACACAUGUGACACUCCAUUCUUUGAGGCUGCCAAGAACGCUUCACUUUUGAUCAAUGACAGGUCCUACCGUGCCAACUAUGAGAAGUCUAAGGAUAAGUACACCAUAGUUGUAGAUGACCCUAGAAACGUCUUGGCUAAGGAGAACAGCAAGAUGAGUCAGUGGAAGUACAAAGAGCAGUAUGAACGUGCCAAGUCGAAAUACACCGCAGUGCUGGAGACCCCUGAAUAUCAAGUCGCCAAGCGCAGCAAGCAGAUCAGCGAUAUCAUCUAUAAGAUGGAAUACAACAAAACCAAAGCAAGAGGGUACACACUUGGACAUGACACUCCCAUGAGCCAGCACAUGAAGAAGGUCAAGGAGAUUACCAGCAAUCUGAAAUACAAGGAAGUGUAUGAAAGAAACAAAGCUCAGAUCAACAUGGCACCUGAUGCUCACGAAAUUCGUGCCGCUAAAGAAGCCUACAAGAACAUUAGCAAUCUUGAUUACAAGAAGAAGUAUGAGGCUACAAAGAACAAAUGGAUCUGGACUGUGGACAGACCUGAUUUUGUCCAUGCCGCUAAGAACAGCUUCCAGCAGAGUGAUGUUGAGUACAAGUAUGAUAAGGAAAUGCUGAAGGGUUGCGUGAUGUCUGUCACUGAUGAUAAAUAUACCAUUCUGGCUAAGAAGAACGCUGAGCUCGCCAGUGAUGUUAAAUACAAGGAGAAGUAUGAGAAGGCUAAGGGUCAGUACAUGGUUGUCCAUGACACUCCCCAAAUCCUUCACGCUAAAUCAGUGGCCAAUCUUGUGUCUGAGUCCAAAUAUAAAGAGGCCAGCAAAAAGGAUCUCCAGUCAGGUGGCUUCACCACACUUGCCGAAACUCGUGAAACUGCUCACAGCAAAGAGGUUGCCAAAAUCACAAGUGCUAAACUGUACAAAGAGAAGUUUGAGAAGGAGAAAGGCAAGUCUAAUUACAACCAAAUGAUUGCUCCUCCUGAAGUGCAACAUGCCAUGGAAGUGGCCAAGAACCAAAGCAACAUUGCCUAUAAGCAAGAGGCUAAAGCCAAGCUGACAUACACCCCGGUUGCUGAUCGUCCAGACAUCAGGAAAGCCACUCAAGCUGCUAAGCUCGUCAGUGAGAUUGGAUACCGUGAUAAGGCUCGACAGGAGGCCAGUCGUGGUGGAACACUGCUCGGCCGUCCUGACAUCGCCCUGGCUACUGAGGUGUCCAAACUAACCAGUCAGGUGAAGUACAAGGAGAAGUUUGACAAGGAAAUGAAAGGAAAAAGACCACAGUAUGACUUGAAGAACAGCAAGAUUUAUCAGACUCUGAAGGAUGCUAAUACACUUGCAAGCGAGGUGAAAUACAAAGGUGACCUGAAGAAGAUUCACAAGCCUGUUACAGACAUGGCAGAAUCUCUGUCCAUGCAACACAACUUGAGCACUAGCAAGCUGGCCAGUGAUUACCAGUACAAGAAGAAGUUUGAGGCGAGUAGGGGUCACUACCAUAUGAUACCCGACACACCUGAGCAGCUUCACCACAAAGAGGCCUCAGAGCUGCAGAGUCAUGUGAAGUAUAAGGAGAAAUAUGAGAAAGAAAGAGGCAAAGCCAUGCUGGACUUUGAGACUCCAACAUAUGUGACUGCUAAAGAGGCUCAGCAUCUGCAGAGUCAGAAAGAGUAUAAGAAGGACUUUGAGAUGACAAUGAAAGGAAAGAACCUCUCUGGGUUGGAGGUCACCCCUGCCAUGAUGCAUGUCAGACACGCCACCAAAAUUGUUAGCGAGAAAGAGUACAGAAGGGAUCUAGAGGAAGGGGUGAAGGGUAAAGGGCUAACAGUGCUGGAGGAAACUCCUGAAUUACUGAGAGCAAAGAAUGCUACUCAGAUCCUAUGUGAGAGAGAGUACAAGAAAGCUUUGGAGCAAGAGAUCAAGGGAAAAGGCAUGUUGGCUUUGGCUACUGACACUCCAGACUUCUUGAGGGCAAGGAAUGCCACAGAAAUCCUCAGUCAGGCCAAAUACAAGCAGAAUGCUGAACAUGACAGAGCCACAUACACCACAGUCAUCGACACCCCUGACAUCCUCCACGCUCAGCAGAUCAGGAAUAUCGUGAGCCAGAAAAAAUACAAGGAGGAGGCUGAGAAGACUAUGUCUCACUAUGUGCCUGUGCUGGACACCCCUGAGAUGCAAAGAGUGCGUGAGAACCAGAAGAACUUCAGCACUCUUCAGUACCAGAUUGACCUUAAAAAGAGUAAGGGCAAAGUUUCAGCAGUACAGGACACCCCUGAAAUGCUUCGUGUUAAAGAAAAUACAAAGAAUUUCAGCUCGAUCCAGUACAAAGAGGAGCUGGGGCAAGGGACAGCCAUAUCUGAAACCCCAGAGAUGGAGAGGGUUAAACGCAAUCAGGAGGCUAUUAGCACGAUUAAAUACAAGGAUUCGUUAAGUCAAGGCAUUUCUAUACCUGACCUUCCUGAGGUGAAGCGGGUUCGGGAAACCCAGAAGAACAUCAGCUCGAUUCAUUACAAAGAAGAUUUGGGAGGAGGAACGGCUAUUUCAGAAACCCCAGAGAUGGAGAGAGUUAAACGCAAUCAGCAAAAUAUUAGCACGAUAAAAUACAAGGAUUCGCUGGGUCAAGGCACAGCCAUGCCGGACCUCCCUGAGAUGAAGCGGGUCAGAGAGAAUCAGAAGCACAUCAGCUCGGUGUUGUAUAAGGAUCUGUCGGCCAAGGGAACGCCUGUGGUGUUCACUCCAGAGAUGGAGAGGGUCAAACGGAACCAAUUGCACAUUAGCUCGGUUUUGUACUCUGACAGCUUCCGUAAGCAGGUGCAAGGAAAGGCCGCCUUUGUGCUGGACACCCCCGAGAUGAGACGCGUCAAAGAAACCCAGCGUAUCAUUUCUGGAGUCAAAUACCACCAGGAGUUUGAGAAGAGUAAGGGCAGCUUCACCCCCACCAUCUCUGACCCAGUAACUGAGCGUGUGAAGAGGAACACCCAGGACUUCAGUGAUAUCAACUACCGUGGCAUCCAGAGACGUGUGGUGGAGAUGGAGAGGAGACGUGCAGAGGAGCACGAUCAGGAGACCAUCACUGACCUGCGUGUGUGGCGCACAAACCCUGGCUCUGUCUUUGACUAUGACCCUGCCGAGGACAACAUCCAGUCCAGAAGUCUUCACAUGAUGUCAGUUCAAGCCCAGCGCCGCAGCAAGGAACACUCGCGCUCCACCAGUGCAAUGAGUGGUGUGGGUGAUGAGAAGUCAGAGGUGUCUGAGAACGUGGACCGCUACAGCAAUGGCUUUGCCAUCUCCGCUUUACACGGAUACACACAGACCAAGACCAUUGAGGUUCAGCAGAGAUCUUCCUCAGUGGCAACACAGCAGACCACCGUUUCUUCUGUCCCCUCACAUCCGUCAACCACUGGAAAAACUGUGCGUGCCAUGUAUGACUACGCCGCUGCAGACAGUGACGAGGUAUCCUUCAAGGACGGUGAUGUCAUCGUGAACGUUCAGUCCAUCGACGAGGGUUGGAUGUACGGCACUGUGCAACGUACCGGAAAGACCGGCAUGCUGCCUGCCAACUAUGUGGAAGCCAUCUAAAUACAUCUCCUGAUUUCUUCCUGUGGAUGAGCAGUUUCAUAUCCACUGAGACAGGAAGAAAAGCAUUUUAAUGUUAGACAUAGUCACUCCACUGUUUGUCCUCGUCACUGUUAUGGAAUUGCGUUUGUGCCCGUGUCACAAGCUCUAUUGUGGUUGUGGCAUGAGAAACUGAUUAACUAUAUAUACACCUAUUUAAGUCACUGACAAUCGUAUUUAUCUUUUAUGUUCUAUUCUAACCGUUAAGGAACUUGAGCCCAUUAUUUUUGUAUAUCGCAAUCGCACUACAUUCAACGAAGGCCAUUCUGAAAGUUUUAGCAUUGAAACUUCUGCACAAUGACAGAUGGGCUCAUGGUUCACUUUAUAUGUGAAAAGCAAAACCUGAAACUCAGCGUUUUAUAAAAACUGAACUGAGGCACUAAAGUUGCCGAGUGAAAAAUGAAGAAAAAAAAAUCCUGAGGAAAACCUUGAGGACGAGCCAUCAGCUCCUCUAAAGAGAAAAACGUAUUGAUAGAAAAACUAGCCUCCUCCCUCCCUUGCUGAAGGCUGGCCAUUAUUUGCAUGUGUGUUUUGUUUCUUUGAUUCUGUAGGUGUGGGGUUAAAGGAAGAUGUGUACCUUGAAUCACUAGCUAAUAAAGCACACCACGCUUCUGCAGUA